AUGUUAACUGCAACCUCUGGCAAUCAAAAUAACCUUGUAAAUAGUGCUUCUGAGCAUGGUUCCAUCAAUCGCCGCACUGAGGAUUAUCAUUAUCGUCACAAGCAUCGGCAUCGUCGUCGAUCUAAUGAUCAACUAUCCCGUAUUCAACGGCAGAAACAAGAUCGCCAUAGUCUCCAUCUCGAAAAUGGACAUCACUAUCCUGAAACGCUUAUAGCAAAGCCUUUAAAUAAGUUUAUCACUGGUGACCAUAUCAGUAUUGUGCCAGUACAUCGCACGCGCGGUCGGCCAGUAGCUCGAAGACCAACUCACGAAAACACUGAUAUUAGUAGUCACCGCUCGACCUCAUCAUCUUUAUCUCCUGUGAAGCGAGCUCCUAUUGAUCAAUCUCCAGGACUCACUCAACGUCCUGGGAGCUUAACUCCUCUCACUGCAAACGCAGCCCACCUAGAGAGCCCACAUUCCUCGACCACAACUACUCUGACCCCAAUGUCGACCCCUACCACCACAGCAGCCACCACGCCUUGUUCUCCGCCAUCACAACCUUUACUUGGCUCACUCUCUCCUGAACGCCGUCGAGGACGCCCGCCUGGUCUUCCUUCUCGAAAUGGCGUCUCGGAUUCAAUAAACCCAACAGGGCCUCUCUCUAUCUUAUCAGAGCUUGCUGACUCUUUGGAGCCAGCUUCUAAUUUCCACCGGCCUAGGCGAGAAUACAAUGUUAUGGAUCAGGAUAUUUCCAGGCCUCGACAUAAUGAACCCGCUCUUUCUAAUCAACUGUAUAACUUACUGCUUGAAUCUUCUAACGGUACUACCACUUGUCCGCCCGAUUCUGCUAGUACUACACACGUUGUCUUAGCCGUACGUGGCCUGCAAACCUCCAAUUCAGCACCUGUACUCAAUUCAGCAUCCUCUCUUUCCGUAGCAAAUCCCAAUUCUUCUUCCCCAUUCUCAUCUUCAUCUUCUUCAUCGUCUAUUUCAUCAUCUUCCAUCUAUGCGGAUUCUCAUUCCUCGUUCCCUACGGCGUCCACGCAAAACAGUUUGACGAAUGCUGUCGAUCAAAAGAAUCGUUCAUGUAGUAAGACAUCCACGACUGAUUCCUCUUUGGAUAUGGAAAUCAACGAGGAAGACGAUCAUCAAGAGUCUUGUUCAACUAUCGACGACAGGACAAUUAGUGCUGUUUCGCCGCACGAUUCUAGUGUCUCUUUGGGGAAGGAUGAGGUCGAAAGUAGGUUCAUUAUAUCUUUCUGCUUUAGUUUUUAUUGGCAACGCCCUCAUGUGUGA